AUGAAGUUCCUCAUUACUUCCCUGCUCGCAGCAGCAACACUCACCUCCGCUAGCCCCGUAACCCGACAAACAAUCGAAGGCUUCCCACCAAAUUGUCUCAGCUACGCCCGAGCGCAAUACAUCAUCGAACGCGAAAUAGCAUACCUACGAAAAGCCGAUCUCGCCGACGCCAGAGCAGCAGGCGAAGAACUCUUCGCAGCAGACUUCGUCCAAUACGGCGACUCCAUCAACUCUCUCCGAGGUGACCCUGUUGGAACCCUCGUCGAACCCGACGGCGCAACCUACGUCAACAACACGCUCUCCUCCCCACCCAUCCGCGGCAUCAACAGCCUGGCCAUGAUCCACAACUGCACACACAUCUUCUGGCAAUGGCAGUUCAUCGGGAUUGGCGGCCCAACGGCACCGAAUACCAUCAAGGGCUUCACGCUGCUUACGGUGGACAAUACGAGGGCGGAGAAGCCGGUUGUUGAGCAGUAUGUUGAGUUUAAUAGUUUGGCGUGGGCGCAGAAUAUUGGGUAUACGAUUGAGCCGCCUGCGGAAUAA